UAGCGCAAUACCAAAGAGUAACACAAGUAGGAGCUAUUUUUUAUUUUUAUUUUUUAAUUGUUAUUAAAUACAUUUGUGUCUUAUAUUUAUAUUAAUAUCAGAUAAUUUGUCCUAUCUGCUGUUGUCCUAUCUGCAGUUUGUUAUCUGCUCACAAACCGAAAAGACAGAUUUUGUGGUAUGUAAGGAAUGAAGUUCUCUUAAUAUGUUCUGUCCAUGGGGCUGAACAGAACAGGUCUGGGAUCAGCUCCUCUUUCAGAACAAGCCAGCUAACUGGAGCUCAGCCUUUGGCAUAGUUGGUCAAGUCUGCGUCCUCUAAUAUGGACCAUGCAGAACUGGCCCAGCCCAUAAAUAAUGCUGACAGAUUUUAGAGAAGGGAAUGUUCGACCUGAAGAAAACAAAGCAUUGUGAAAUAAAGUUCGGCUGGUAGUACAGAGAUUUUUAAAGACUAGUGAACGGCUUGAUAGUUAUUGUACUUAUUAUGUCAGUCCAAUAUUUCAGUGGGAGACUUUUUGUCAUGCCAUUGUUGCUGUUGUUGACUCUACUGUGCCACAUAGCAACUUCUAUUGAGGUGUCAGACUUAGACUCAUGUGGAGCAGAGUUUGCCGCUGUCAAGCUCAACAUAAAAACCUUGAACAAGAAACUGCUGAUUGGGAGGUGGCAGGUUGAGCACUUGCAGAGGCACAAGUAUUUUCGUCCAUUUCGACCUGAUGUGUCUAAUAUUAAACCAGAAACAGACAAAGCUCUUGGUGUUAACCUCAACAGCAGUGACUCAUUAAGCACUGACAUGACUCUGGUGAAGCAUCUUCCACCAGCAGGAAGCUUAAUUGUCCAUGAUAAAGACUGCUCUGAGCUGUAUGACAGACUGAAGCCGCCAAGUGGUUUCUAUCGCAUCAGACCCAAAUUACACCAGGAUCCAGCUUUGGUGUAUUGUGACAUGGGGGAUGGAGGAGGAUGGACAGUGUUUCAGAGGCGUCGGCAUGGGAAAGUUGACUUCAACAGAGACUGGGUGGACUACAGAGAUGGCUUUGGGGACUUCAAACUGUGGAAUGAUGAGUUUUGGUUGGGGAAUGAAGUUAUUUAUUCUCUGCUCUCUGAAGGUAAGAAUCUGGUGAAGAUAGAUUUAAUGGACUGGGAUGGAAAAAAAAGUUAUGCAUUUUACGAGAACUUUCGAAUCACUAAUGAGGCAGAUAAAUAUCGUCUGCAGUAUGGACAGUACAGCGGGAAAGCUGGAGAUGCUCUGGCGGGUGGUUCAGGGACGGUGGAUCAGUGGUCUGCCUGCCUCAGCGGCAUGCAGUUCAGCACCAGAGACCAGGACAACGACCGAUUCCUUCAGGGCAGCUGUGCUCAGGAGAAUAAGGCAGGCUGGUGGUUCAACAGAUGCCAUGCAGCCAACCUGAAUGGAAAGUUCUACCGCUCUGGGAAGUACGAGGGCCAGAAUGACAACGGUGUGGUGUGGGGCACCUGGAAAGGCCUUUGGUACUCCCUUAGACACACGGCCAUGAAGGUGCGGCCACUGCUAAUGUUGGAUGACAUUGGUAGUGGUGCAGGGGCAUUUUAACUGUACUGACUGCAAGGUUUAAAUUCUAAAAAUAUUAUUUGAAAGUCUGUAAUGCAUUAAACAUUUUCUAUAAAGCGGAUAUUACUCAAACAAUAAAACAAGCAGCAUUCAAGAAAAAC